UACUCUUUUUCCUGUUAGUUUGUUUGUGGCUGAAACAAAAUAUUCUUCUUCGAUUUGGCGAGAAAAUAUCAACAGAUCGAAGUGAAAAUGGAGUGCGUGUUCAGUUUAGUAGGAAGUGAUUUCGCCGUCGUUGCGGCGAACUCAUCUGCGGUUCAUAGCAUCCUCGUCCACAAAUCUAAUAAAGACAAGAUCAUGAUCCUCGAUUCUCACAAACUCAUCACCGCUAGCGGUGAACCCGGCGACAGAGUACAGUUCAUGGAGUACAUACAGAAAAACAUGGCUUUAUAUCAGUUUCGAAACGGUAUUCCUUUGACGACUACAGCUGCUGCUAAUUUCACUCACGGUGAGCUUGCCACUGCCUUAAGGAAGAAUCCAUACUCUGUGAACAUCCUUCCUGCUGGCUACGACAAAGAGACAGACCCGUCUCUGUACUGUAUGGACUACAUUGCUACACUUCAUAAGGUUGAUAAGGGAGUAUUUGGUUAUGGAUCCUACUUCUCUUUAGCCAUGAUGGACAGACACUACCACAGUGUCAUGACGGUGGAAGAAGCCAUUGAUUUAGUCGAUAUAUGCAUAAUGGAGAUCAGAUCAAGACUGGUCGUGGCUCCUCCAAACUUUGUCAUCAAGAUCGUCGACAAGGAUGGAGCAAGAGAGUAUGUCUGGCAUGAAUCUGUCAAGGAUGCUGCCAUUAAUUCAGCCUGAAGAUAUUUGCCGUGGACUUGCUCUUCUGUUUUGAACGUUUAAUUUGCAUGUACUGAUAGGGAAAAAAACUAUUUAUCUAUUGACUUGAUUAUGUUCUGAAGUGGAAAAAGAUUUGGAAAUUUGAUGAUACUUUUUUAU